AUGGUUUGUGCAAUCUCAUCGUCAUCGUUCUCAACGCUCUCGUUCCGCGGUCUCGUCGUGCGCAAUGCGACGUCGUCUUCGUGCAAGCCGCGUCUUGAGAAACCUUUGACCGCACUCCCGAGCGCGGGGCGAAGGCAGUUACUGUUUUUUCUGACGGCAUCGACGGCGUUGACGGCGAGGGAAUCCGUGGCGCAGGACAUUCCCUUAUUUGGGAUACGGAAGAGUCUAAAGAAAGUGGAGGAGGAAGCGGAGGAGAUUGUGAAGGAAGGGUUUGAGGCUGCAGACAAGGGGUUGGUGGCGGCGGAGCAGGGGUUGGUGGCGGUGGAGCAGGGGUUGGAGACGGCGGAAAGGGGGCUGGAAACGGCGGAGAGGGAAAUAGAGGGGACGGUUAGUUUUGGGGGGUUGGCGCAGGCGGGAGCAGUGGCGGGAGCGGAGGUGUUUGGGAUUUUGGUUGCAACGGCGGUGGUGAACGGUAUUUUGGGAUCGGAAGCUCAAAAGUCGUGA